ACGAUCAAUACAAGGAGCUUCAAAAUCGGGCACAGGACGUAUCGUACAGCUUCGUGGACGCGACGCUGACACAAACGGGCCAGUGUUCACGUAGAAAGUGUAUAUAAGGUGCAUCUGAUUUAUUUUGACCAUUCUCGUUUUGUCCCUCAGGAUGUCGAAGGGUAGAGAGUGCUCCACGUAGGCUCCAACAACAUUCUGACAGUCACAUUUAGAUGUUUUUUGAACGUCGCUCAUCUGACCGGAUCAAGAAUUUGAAUAAUUAUGAUAACGUACAACUUUAUCCUGAUCCUCCUGUGUUUGUUGCACGUGACAAUCUCAACAAAUGUCAAGAUCAACUUCAGGGAGAAGGAGAAAGAGGUACUGGAUCAAAUUCUUGGACCGGGAAGAUAUGAUGCUCGUAUAAGACCGGCAGGAGCAAAUGGUACAGGGCACAUAGGAGACGGGCCUGCCUUAGUUCACAUCAACUUCUUUCUUCGGUCUAUCAGCAAAAUAGACGAUUAUAAAAUGGAAUAUAGCGUACAGUUGACGUUCAGAGAACAAUGGCAGGAUGAGAGAUUGAAGUUCAACGAUUUUGGGGGUCGUUUGAAAUAUUUAACACUGACUGAAGCAAGCAGGGUAUGGAUGCCAGAUCUCUUCUUCUCCAACGAAAAGGAGGGACAUUUCCAUAAUAUUAUCAUGCCCAAUGUUUAUAUUCGUAUUCAUCCACAUGGUUCCGUAUUAUACAGUAUAAGAAUAUCCUUAACGUUGUCUUGCCCUAUGAACCUCAAAUUGUAUCCAUUGGAUAGACAAAUUUGCUCACUUAGAAUGGCCAGCUAUGGUUGGACGACCGAUGAUCUUGUUUUCCUAUGGAAAGAAGGGGAUCCCGUACAAGUGGUGAAGAAUUUACACCUACCACGCUUCACAUUGGAAAAAUUCCUCACAGAUUACUGCAACAGUAAGACCAAUACAGGGGAGUACAGUUGCCUAAAGGUUGACUUAUUAUUCAAGAGAGAGUUCAGUUAUUACCUCAUACAAAUCUACAUACCCUGUUGCAUGCUAGUUAUCGUCUCCUGGGUAUCUUUCUGGCUAGACCAAGGAGCUGUGCCAGCAAGAGUAUCAUUGGGUGUUACAACUCUACUCACCAUGGCUACGCAAACCUCUGGCAUAAACGCUUCAUUACCACCAGUGUCCUACACAAAAGCAAUCGAUGUUUGGACUGGCGUCUGUCUCACCUUUGUGUUUGGGGCGUUACUCGAGUUCGCACUGGUGAAUUACGCCUCAAGAUCGGACAUGCACAGGGAAAACAUGAAGAAGCAAAGAAUGCAAUGCGAGUUAGAACAUGCGGCCUCGCUGGACGCAACCUCCGAUUUUAUAGAUACCGAAAGUAAUGCCACGUUUGCAAUGGUAAAGUUGAAGCCGCUGGUGCAUCAUCCUGGAGACCCGAUGAAUCUGGAGAAGGUGAGGCAAUGCGAGAUACAUAUGCAGCCCGAAAGGCCGAAUUGCUGCAGAUCCUGGCUGUCCAAAUUCCCAACACGAUCCAAACGCAUCGAUGUGAUAUCCAGAAUCACCUUUCCAUUGGUGUUUGCAUUGUUCAACGUUAUUUACUGGUCCACCUACCUCUUUCGUGAAGAAGCUGAGGAAUCUUAAGUUCCUUAACCAGUCGUUGGUUAUUCUUUCCUAACGCGAAAUCAUUUCGGAUAUUUUGUGGAGGAUCAUUUUUUUAACGAAUUGUUGAAUCAACGUUUAGAUGAUAUUUCCCGAUGAUUUAUGUAUUUUAUUCGUAGUUAUAUUUCCGUUGUUCCAUUGAAAUAAUUUUAUUGAUUAGAUUCGAUAGGUAUGUAUAUAACUAUUUCCAGAGGAAAGAUUUCUUGAAGUGCUCCAAAAGUAGCAAUUUUCGACAGGAAUUGUCGAAAAUUUUAUGGAUUCAACAUACACGAAUGGAAUAUUUUCAUUUUUCGCGUAAGCUAUUUUUGGAACACCUUGUAUAUGUUUUUUAAUGAUUUCGACGUUGUUGAAAUGUUCAAAUAUUAUCAUUGACAUGUCGUCUCAGUAUAACAUAGAUUAAUUCUACGUGAUGCUGAAGUGAUAGCUUCAACAAUCCCUAAAAAUUUAUAUAUACCUGAUCUUUUGAAGAUCUAAAAAAAGAGAGUAUCGAUGUUUUGCCACGCAGACUAUGAGUGGGAAAUGUUUUAAUGUGAAUUCCAGAAGCCCAUCCAGAGAGAUGUCUUUUUCAACUCCACUAUGUAGGCUUAUUUAGAGGUUGUGUUUAUAGCAUGCUAUUAAUUUCACUAAGAAUAAAAGGAUACGGUUCCGAAUUAUGUUCUCGAUUCGCUUGUUACUACUAGUGAACAUCAAGAAGUUUUCUUUAAAAAAAUAAGAAAUAGUGAUCUUCAGCUGGUGGUCCAAGAUCUGCACUUACUGUCAAGUUUAAAAGCAUCUUUUGUUUAAUAUCUAAGGAAGAAAAUCGUACAUCUCUGUUUUGCGAUUUGCCUAAAAUAUUCCUUUUACAUAAGCGUGAUAUAACUCUGCCAACAAAAUUAAGCGAAAACCUUAUUGCGGUUUUAUACUAGAUCGAGGCUUCUGCGAAAGUUGAUAGUAUGACGUUCAAACCUGAUCCUCAAAGAAGCGAAAAAAAAUGAUACUAACGAAAGGAUACAUCCUUUCACCAGUUUCACCAAGUAUCUCAGGAAUUUUCCAGGCAAUUCUAUGAAUUCGAAGCUUGUUCCAGACCUUCCGAGAAAGCCUGCGAAUAAAAUAAACCAUUGAAUGAAAGUGAAGAAGUAAAUGGUACGUUUAACGAUUUUACAUACUACAACGGCCAUUCGUGUUCAUUCGUGAAAUUAUGAAUUUCAUUUAACCACGAAAUCUUAGAGUGAUUUGAAAGCAAUCAAUUACAUUUAUAUCGAAAUCCAUUAAAUCUGCAGAGGUUCCUCGUUCAUCUCAGUGCCUAUAUAUGAAUAAUUCAUUUGCGCAAAUUUAUUCAUAUUUUGAGUUAUGAGGCCUCUAUUAUUACAAUAAAUUAGCUUUCAGGUACUCCAUUUUCUUAAGGAACUUUUUCAUUUUUCCCCCGACCAAUUAUUUCAGAGAAAGGUUACUAAGUUUCGGCGUGUAUAAGGAAAUUAAGAUAAACUAUACUAUGCAACUGUAGUAUCAAUUGAUUAAAUAUUAAGAUGCAAUGCCUGACAAUGAGUAUUGACUUUCUGUAUAGCUCAAUAUCCUAAAUUUGCUAAAAUGAUGUAAGAUGAAUCAAGAAAGAUUAAAGGAAUAAGACGAACUGUAGCAUUAAGUUCAGCGUUUUGAUGAUAAGCCAGAUUGAGGCAUGAAGAAAUAUCCACCUUCAAUGAAAUCACUAGAUUUUAGAGAUGAGAACUUGUUUUUAGAGUGAUAUACAUCAUAACAUUAACAUUUUUUAUUAUUAGUGAAAUACUUAUUACCAAAUGUUGUUAUUUAAUCAUCAUUAUUUUUAAGAACAAAUUGAGUCUGAAUCACCUUUGUAUAUUCUAGAAAUUAAUAAAAUUAAUUUGACUGAA